AUGGGGAGAUGGGCGCCCCAGAGGGAGAGGCCAAGGAGAAAACUGCUGAAGAGGUCAAAUGAGGCUUUGCGUGCUUUCUCUUUCGUGGUGCAUACGUUUGUGAGGGAGCACAUCGGUGCCAGGACCAAUUUAUGCAGUGGAUGUGUGGCAACAGCUUUCCAAGGAGGUGGCAAGGAUGUCGGCACAUGCAGACCUAGCAUUCAUGCAAUGCAGUGCUCUGGGCACUUGUUGGUAUUGAAGGGGGAUAUGCUUGUACUUGCCCAAGUGGCCUUCUGCCUGCUGCUGCGUCGUUGGCGCUGUGACUGUAGCCAUGCCACAUAG